GAGGAGCCUGGAAGGCUCUAAUCCAUGGGGUCACAAAGAGUUGGACACAACUUAGUGACUAAACAGCAACAAAAAUUCCUAUAAUAUUCUGUCUUCUCUUUCUCAUGUCCUCUGUCAGCUCCUCAUUCUUGAUCCUCUCUGCCUCUAGCGGUUCGCCCAUCUUCUCCCAGCUACUCCAUCUCUAUGCAGCCACUGAGGAACUUCUGUGUCAAGUCACUGAUUUUAUAUCCAAUGCGUUUCUGAGUCAAGCCCUUGGCGCCACACAUCCCCAGAGCCAGUGUCAGGCCAUGCUCUUCCCUGCCGCCUACCGGCCAAAGAGAUCCUCAACGCUGCCCUUGAACCCCGUCCUGCAGAGCUCCCUGGAGGAAGUAGAACUGCUCUAUGAGUUCCUGCUGGCCGAACUUGAGAUCAGCCCUGACCUGAAGAUCUCCAUCAAGGACGAGGAGCUGGCCUCCCUGCGGAAGGCCUCAGAUUUCCGUGCCGUCUGCAAUGACGUGAUUCCCAAGAGCAUCCCCGACAUCCGGCGGCUGAGUGCCAACCUUUCCAGCCGCCCGGGCAUCCUCAAGAAAGAGGACUUCGAAAGGACAGCGCUGACCCUAGCCUACACGGCCUACCGCACGGCCUUGUCCCAAGGGUAUCAGAAGGACGUCUGGGCCCAGUCCCUCCUCAGCCUAUUCCAUGCCUUGAGGCAUGACUUGAUGCGGUCCUCAGGUCCGAGAGCAUCUCCCUGAGGGACUGGCCUGCUCCAGGGCCACGGAGCUGGGACCAGCAUACAGUAAUCCAGAAAUUCCUCAUUCUCUACUCCAUUUACAGAGACCAGCCACAGAACACACACUGCCAACUCAGAGCUGCAGAGAUCAAAUAAGGAACCCUGCUGCUCUUUGCCCCUUGUAACUUCUUGAUAAGCAAAAGAUUGUGAUUUAUACCAUAAUGUGACCUGAGAUGGAAAAAAGGGCUGUGAUGGUAAUUCAAGAUGCCUCCAGAGGGUGAAUGGUUGGCCUGGCGAAUUGCAGCAGUAUAACAUAUGCUUUAACACUGACUGCCCAUGACACAAACACCCAGGAGUGAGGAAAGACACAGGAGAGACAUCAUAAAAAUUUGGGCAUGACAGGAAGGUGGUGGGCGGGGGACAGAUUUCUUUGGUCCUAAGAGAUCAGGGUGCUGGAUUGAAUGAACGUCUUUCCAAAGUUCUGUAAUAAGAUAUAAAGAAACGUGUGUGUG